CACUUUCACACACACCACCCAGUCAUGGCUCGUUGAUGGAAUGGCGUAAACCAGGCCGGAUUCUUCAACGACGCUUGUGGCCAGGUCGAGCUCAUUGAAGUUUCUAGUCAAGGUUCCUCCAGGAGACGGCUAACGGAACAGUUGGUACACGAAUAUGUUCUCAAUGAUUUCGAAAACCGUAAGGCUAGGGCAAAGCCGAACACAGCUGAGCCCACUGCAGAAACGUUGAAACUCUUUUACUCUCGUCAAAAGGAACCGUUCGAAUAUCCGAAGACCAUGGGCCCGAUCCCAAUGAAACGAGCGCUUUUCGAGAAGAUGGCUCCGUAUGCUAGGAUCCCCAAGAUAUACCCAGAAAUGCUGUUCCGCAACACAGCUAUGCGGGCAAAAACUUAUCCUCAGACUCCUGAUAGCCAAUUACAAACAUCCCCCGAAGCCGUUCGAGAUGAAUAUCUCAGCUUCAUCAUCCAGUCAAUUCCCAGAGCCGAGAGGGGUGUCUCCGUGGGCGCGUCAUUCACGUAUCACUUCAAGAGUCGACAUAUGUAUACCUUCAUGCACGGCCUGGAACACGAGAGAUAUCGGCUAUUUUCCGAGGUGUUAGAGCAAGGAGCUGCUCGAACAACGCUCUUCCUCAUCCCCGCCUACCUCGUUCAAUUCAACCUCGUCAGCCGGCAGGAUUCCCUCAAUUACUGGCACCGGCGGAUCAAGGACUGCGAGAAGACGAUGGGCGUUAGGGAUGAUCAUCCUGUAGCAGUGGACGUCACGCAGCUAAAUUUUGUGGAGUUGUCGAAACGUGUGCAAAGCAUCACGACUAACAUGGCAUACAUGGCUUGGACGUGCACGAAUACGACGCGUCAGAUCGAGUUCCUCGACGAGGUGGCGGAGCAGUACUACCUCCAAGCUAUCAAGAACGGUGUUAUGGAGGAGGAAGCGAGUCGAGUUCGAUGCACGCUUAUCGACACGCACGCGCAUUUGCGCUCAUGGAAUACUGGUCUUCAGGAUAGAGCAGAGUACCUGUCUAAACGCGGACAAUCUCUGGUUCAGACUAUGUCGCACAAGGUCUACAGCGGUAUCGCUCAGCGCGACUCCUCACUCGCACAUGAAAUCGGGAUUGCCACCUCUCGCGAUAGCGCAGUAAUGCGCGUCAUCGCCGCCAUCACCAUGCUUUUCCUACCUGCGACCUUUACUGCUGUGAGUGCUUGCUCAAGUGCUUGCGCGAAGGUUCCAAUCUCUGACAUGCGCCAGACUUUUUUCAGCACGUCUUUCUUCGACUUCAACGUCGAUCCAAGCAAGCAUGUGUACUCCACAUGGCUAUGGCUAUACUGGGUCGUCACUCUGGUUCUCACAACCGUGGUCAUGGCCGUCGCCUUCCUAUGGUGGAGGAGAAAAGAGAACGAAAUGGCGGAACGGAGCAGAGAGAAUCGCCAGUUGACAAAUUGCGAAAAAUCUUGCUAA